UGACGCCAAAGUGGGCGGGGCGGGGCCAACCACUUGGCGGGGUUAGAGACGGCUGUGGAAGGCCAGUGCGUAGGGCUAAGAACGGGAUGUGUGCAUCUAAUUGUCUGCUGACGCCUCCCCCUGGAUAAACUCAGAACUUUCACUCGAGACUCUCCUCCCUCAGCCCAGGUGGUGUUUCCUCCUCAUCAGUCACUACUUCAUCCGUGGAUUUCCCUAAGCCUGCCUCUGUGAGGGGAUAGACACUAGAGAGUUCCUAGAAGACCUCACGACCUGCAGGGCAGUCAGCGCCCAGAAACGAGAGCUUCCGGAAUCCUUUGCGCGCGGCUAGGGGGGCGGGGAUUUGGGAGCCGUCUCCGGUUAGGAGAUGGCAGAGUCCUCGGGGUCUCCGCACCGCUGGUUGUACAAACAAGUGGGCUCGCCGCCCUGGAAAGAAGCUUUCAGGAAGAGAUGUCUCGAGAGAAUGAGAAACAGCCGGCACAGGCUCCUGAACAAGUACCGCCAGGCUGCAAGCGGUACACCAGGGAGAGCCUCAGACAGAUUGCUUGUGCAAGAAGUGAUGGAGGAAGAGUGGAAUUCUUUGCAGUCUGUAGAGAAUUAUCCAGAGGCCUUGAUUCAGUUGGGACUGCCAGGGGACCUCGCUGUGCUGCAGGACAUCGAACAGGAGCUGUGUGAUGAAGAAAAGUCCAUCAUAAGCGAGUAUGAGAAGAGCUUACAGUUUGAUGAAAAUUGUCUCAACAGCAUGUUGGCUGAGUGGGAAGCAAACCCCCUCAUCUGUCCUGUGUGUAUAAAGUACAACCUGAGAAUAACGAACAGUGUGGUCACGUGUCCGUGUGGCCUGCACAUCCCAUUUCACUCUCCAGGGUUGACAGAGCAGAAGCUGCGUGCCUGUUUGGAGGACAACAUAAAUGAACACGGUGCACACUGUCCCCACACGCCUGAAUUUUCAGUCACCGGUGGAACAGAAGAAAAGCCCAGUCUUCUGAUGAGCUGCCUGGUAAGCCUCCAUGGAUCUAGUCAGUUGCAAGAGCACAUCAGUCAGUUCUGUUCCCCUCUUGGUGGAAAUAAUGGCUUAGAAAAAGGUAAAAAACAUGGUUUUUUGGGGGAUUUACUUCACAGCUGGGUGUGGUAGCACUUAUCUGUAAUCCCAGUACUAGGGAGGCUGAAACAGGGAGAGUUAAGGCCAGCCUAGACUACAUAGUGAGAACCCGUCUCAAAAACAGAUGUUGGGCUGUCAGGAUGGCUCAGUAGGUAAGAGCACUUGCUGCCAAGCCUGACAACCCGAGUUCAAGCCUUGGCCCUCAUGUGGUAGAAGCAGAGAACCGGUUCCUGCAAAUUGUCUUUUGUCUUCCACAACAUAUAGUGUGCUUGUGCACGUGUGUGUGUGUGUGUGUGUGUGUGUGUGUGUGUGGCAUGCGUGCGCGCGCGCACACACACACAGGUGCGCGUGCAUGCACAAGAAUUAAAGCCUGUGGAAUGAGUUUGCGGUGGGAACCAGUGUUAGUAUAUAUGACAUAUUAUAGCUUCCAGGUCCCAAGCAGGGGAACUUUGGAGUCACUGCGUGCUACAAUGUGCCAGAUACUCAGUAAUAACCUGAACCACACAUAAAACACAAACUUGUCCAGUAUUUUUGGGCUCCAGCUGUACCUGACACCAGGUUUCUAUUAACACUGCUGGAGUGACCUGUUUGUCUGUUUCUGAAGGACUAGUUUCCUCCCACUUGUUUUUCUUACCCCUACUGGAUGUUUAUUUUUUCUCCGGAGUCGGUGCACAGUAGAUAGUUAAUGGUUUACAAGUGAACUAAAGUGGAAGGAGAGUUGACGAGGCACAGGCCCAAUGGCCUCAGCCUCUGCCUUCUUAGAAAUAAGUGCAGCGCUGAGAUGGCUCCUUUGCAAGCAUGAGGACCUGAGUUUGGAUCCCCAGAACCCAUAGAAAAAGCCAUGUGGUGAUGCACGCCUUUAAU